ACACAACACUCACCAUGGGCGAUAUCGAUCAGUCAUCCUCCAACUCUGCUCGUUGGUUGCCCCCUGACGCUGCCUGCAGGAAGCGUCGUCCUUCCUCUGGCUGACUUGCUCCAGUGCAUUUCCACCGAAAGAGCGGCCUGCCCCAGAUCAUCUCGCACCGGGGCUACAAGGGCAAAUUCCCCGAGAAUACACUGAUCGCUGUCGAUGGCGCAGUAAAAGCAGGCACUCAUGCUCUCGAGCUUGACCUUCAUCUCUCCCGCGAUGGAGUCGUGGUUCUGUCGCAUGUAUGAAGCGCGCUUCAUUGAUAGAAGAGAGCUGACCCGAUCAGGACCCGUCAUUGAAACGCUGCUUUGGCGUUGACAAAAAGGUCGGCGACUGUGACUGGGAAUACUUGAGCACCCUACGCACAACGCAAGAACCACAUACACCUAUGCCGCGCUUGCUCGACAUUCUCGAGUACCUUCGGGAGCCCGGCCAUGAGGAGCUCUGGGCGUUGCUUGAUAUCAAGAUGACGAAUGAUCCGGCGACCAUUAUGCGACGCAUCGCCGAGACCAUCGAGUCAGUGCCCACGCCCGACGGUGGACCAGAGUGGCACCAGCGCAUCGUCCUAGGCUGCUGGUCAGCGCGCUAUCUCCCCCUCCGGGACAAAUAUCUCCCCAAGUGUGCGAUUGCCUUGAUUAGUGCGCAUCUUGGCUACGCGCGAGAGUUCUUGGAGGUGCCCAAUUUCUCGUUCAACGUGAACCAGCAAGUCGUAAUGGGCCCGCUCGGUCGCGGAUUCCUCGACCAAGUGCGCGGCGCAGGUAGUCCGGUGUUCCUUUGGACGGUGAACGCCCCGAAUCUGAUGCGCUGGGGUAUCCGACACCAAGUCGAUGGUAUCAUUACGGACGAGCCGGCCUUGUUCAAGCGUGUAUGCGAGGAGUGGGAGAAGGAGCAGGGAGAGAGCGCUGCUGCUCCGCCACUGUCCAAGCUGGAUCACCUCAGCCUGGGCGACCGCGUCAAGAUUAUGACAUUUACAGUCCUGGUGGUGCUGUUUGGCUGGUACUUUAGACGGAAGUAUCUUCCCUCGAUCGAGCGCGUGCAGUUUGAGCAGCAUAGCUCGAAAUGAAUCCCAGUAUUGUUGUGAAGUAAUACCAUCUUAGACCAUAGAAUCUUGAUUUUGAUAUUGACGUAUAAAAAUUGCCAUUAAACAA